CUUGUGACUCUUUGCUUGUCUAUUUCGAAUUGGCAGUAAAAAUUCAAUUGAGAAUUUUUUCUUAAACAUAAAACAUUGUUGCGCUGCGCAAUUAAUUUUUCAUAAAUCGAAAUCUAAACUCUUAAAAAUGAGUGAAGCCGCGUCGCAAAAGCAGGAAAACCCAUUUGACAUUUUACGCGGACGUGAGACUGAAACUGUCGCAGCGCCCUCAUUUUUUCGCAGCGAAAAGAUGUCACUGUGUCAGAUACUGCUACAUCGCGAGAGCGCUUUUGAUUGCCUCUACAACAUGGGCAUGGAGGGCAUGGUGCAAUUGAUCGCGCACACCGAGGGCUACUAUGUGCCGUGCAUGAAUUAUGUGAGCGAAGUGCAGCGCUGCAACGAAUUGCUGCGCAUUAUGAAGGACUUGCAGGCGGAGAUCGAUGAUUGCGAUCUAACCACGGUGUAUUAUCCGACUGUCGAUACUGACGAGGUGCCGAAGGAGUCUGACUUGCCACGCAUUGAAUCGCAAAUAGAAGAACUGCGUAUCGAACUUAAGGAUGUGCUAUCAGAGAAGGAGGAGUUGGAGACACAGCGUCAAAUUAUGAAUGAACGGCUGUUCGUGCUCGCGCGUGCCGAAGCCUUCUUCACGGGUGCCACCAAUCGCGAAGCGGUUAUGGCUUGGACCAACAGCAUGAUAAUGAAUAUACUGCGCGAGGGCACUCACAACUUGAGUCACGACAACCAGGCACAUUUGGGCUUCGUCACCGGCACUAUACUGGUUGAUAAGUUUCGCGCGUUUGAACUCGUAUGCUGGCGUAUUUGUCAUGGCAAUUUCUAUAUAAGGCACGCUGAGAUUCCUGUAGUUGACAUAGACCAGAAAUCGAAGAGUUCAGGGCGCAGAUAUGCUUUUGUAAUUCUCUUUGUUGGCGAUGCGAUGCGCCGGAAGAUCUCUAAACUGUGUCAAGCCUUUUCAGUGCAAUUGCACGAUUAUCCGGAGACGGCUGAAGCUCGCAUUGAGUAUCGCAAACGGAUCGCUUUGGAACUGAGCGAUCUUGAGGUGGUAUUGGAACAGAUCAAAUUACAGCGCCGUCGCAUACUGAGCAUUGCAACACUUGAGCUGUAUAUUUGGCGUUCGAAGAUUAAUAAAAUCAUUCUGAUUUACGACGGUAUGAACAAAAUGGCAAAUGUGCAUCAACUGGAUAAUCAAAAGUAUCUGGUGGCGGAGUGUUGGAUCCCAUCGAAUAGUGUGACAACAGUACGGGACACAUUGCUGCAGGGUGCUUACCGUUCAUCGAAGGGCGCUCAAACUUUUCCGCCCAUUAUAACCACACAGAAAUUCAAGCCACGACUACGCGAACCACCCACAUAUUUUGAACUGAACAAAUUCACGCGUGGCUUUCAGAACCUCGUCGACGCCUAUGGCAUGGCCUCGUACAAGGAGCUCAAUCCCGCUCCGUAUACUAUUAUAACAUUUCCUUUUCUGUUUGCUAUUAUGUUUGGAGAUGUGGGCCAUGGUAUUAUAAUGGUGGCGUUCGCUGGAUGGAUGUGUUUGACAGAGAAACAACAAGAAGAUCGCAUGAGACACUCGAGGGGCUCGAAUGAGGUAUUUGGUUUGAUAUUCGCUGGACGUUAUGUCAUACUGCUCAUGGGUAUCUUCUCAAUAUAUACCGGUUUCAUUUACAAUGAUGUAUUCUCAAAAGCCACGAAUUUGUUCGGAUCCCAUUGGCGUGUCAACUACACUCGGAGUACGGUAUUGAGUAAUAAAUAUCUCCAGUUGGAUCCGCAGCGUGCUGAAAACUAUAUGGGCACGCCAUAUAUUUUUGGUGUAGAUCCAAUAUGGGAAGUUGCGGGCCAGUAUUCCAUUACCACCUUCAAUUCGAUGAAAAUGAAAAUUGCCAUCAUUUUGGGCGUAGUCCACAUGCUGUUCGGCUUGUCGUUGUCAGCAUGGAAUAGUAUUUACUUUAAAAAUAUGGGAGAUUUGUACUUGGUGUUCUUGCCACAGAUAGUUUUCUUGACCAGCUUGUUCUUCUAUUUGGUCUUGCUGAUCUUCAUCAAGUGGAGCAUCUUUGGUGGGCACUACGAUAACCCACAUAAUAGCGCCUGUGCUCCAUCCAUACUGAUCACCUUCAUUAAUAUGGUGCUCUUCAAAGAUGGCACUAAGGAUGUGGCAAAGGGUUGCAAUUUGGAGAUGUAUACGGGUCAAAUGAUUGUACAGUAUCUCCUAAUUUUCAUUGCAUUUUCUUCAAUACCGGUUUUACUGAUUGGCAAGCCCGUGUAUAUACAUUUUGAACAAAAGAAAAUCAAAGCUAUACAGGAUGCCGAGCGCAAGCGCAAGGCGAAUCGGGAAACGCUGAACAGUGUGCGAAAGACACUCCAAACCUAUAAUGUGGAGUAUGUGAAAACGGCUUCGUCGUCACAGGUUUUCACCGAUUUGGAGGAGGAGCAACUGGAUAUGACCGAGGUCUGGAUACACCAGGGCAUACACUGUAUCGAGAGCGUAUUGGGCUCUGUAUCGCACACGGCAUCUUAUUUGCGUUUAUGGGCGCUUUCUCUGGCGCACGAUCAGUUGUCGUCUGUGCUCUGGACAAUGAUCUUACAAAUACCACUGACUACCAAUAACGGCCUCGCGGAUGGCGUUUUACUAUAUUUUAUAUUUUACAUAUGGGCCGUCUUAACCAUAGCCAUUCUUGUGGUCAUGGAAGGUUUAUCGGCAUUUCUACACACCUUGCGCUUACAUUGGGUCGAGUUCCAAUCGAAAUUCUACACAGGUGCUGGUGAGAAGUUUAUACCGUUCUAUUUUGAGCCUACCACCAGAUAUGGCUGACGAGAGUAUCAGUUUAUGUUUUCUUUAUUUAUUUCAAUUAUUUAAAAAUCCGAAUUAACAAACUCUCUUUUGGAAGACUCUUACUAGUUGCUUACAAAUUUCGAGUGAUUUUCAAAUAAACUUUUUACUCAGAAUUUCAAGAUUUUAUUAACUACAAAUUUGUUCAAAUGGAAUACCUUCUUUUUGUAUACAAUUAUUGAACUCCAUAUUGAAAUAAAUAUAACUGUUUACUUGGAAAAUAA